CUCAAAUAGAGGCUAAAGUAGGGAGGAAUGGCUGCUUACUGGUAAUACCAUUGACAUGAAAUCACUAUGUACCAAUUAGAUUUUGCAACAUCUUUUUUUGCUGUAGUUAUUAGAAUAUGAUUUCCUCUGAUAGAUAUUUGUUAUGAUCCACAGAUCAUGGAGUCAUCUGGUGCUCCCUCAGUAACCCUAAUAGUAGGCAGUGGCCUUUCAUGCUUGGCUUUGAUCACACUAGCAGUUGUCUAUGCAGCACUAUGGAGGUACAUCAGAUCUGAGAGGUCCAUAAUUCUAAUUAAUUUCUGCCUAUCUAUUAUAUCAUCAAAUAUUCUCAUAUUGGUUGGACAAACACAGACACAUAAUAAGAACAUUUGUACCACGACCACUGCAUUUUUACAUUUCUUCUUCUUAGCUUCCUUUUGUUGGGUUUUGACUGAAGCGUGGCAGUCAUACAUGGCUGUCACUGGAAAAAUUAGGACACGGCUCAUAAGGAAACGCUUUUUAUGCCUUGGAUGGGGUUUACCAGCAUUGGUCGUGGCCAUAUCAAUAGGUUUUACCAAGACUAAAGGCUAUGGAACCACUCAAUAUUGCUGGCUAUCUCUUGAAGGUGGACUUCUCUAUGCCUUUGUUGGACCUGCAGCUGCUGUUGUCCUGGUCAACAUGGUGAUUGGCAUCCUUGUGUUUAAUAAACUAGUUUCAAGAGAUGGAAUCCUAGAUAAAAAACUCAAACAUCGAGCAGGUCAGAUGAGUGAGCCUCAUAGCGGUUUGACGCUCAAAUGUGCCAAGUGUGGAGUAGUUUCAACAACAGCUUUGUCAGCCACCACCGCCAGUAAUGCCAUGGCAUCCCUGUGGAGUUCCUGUGUUGUUCUACCUCUCCUGGCUCUCACUUGGAUGUCUGCAGUUCUGGCAAUGACUGACAAGCGAUCCAUUUUAUUUCAGAUACUCUUUGCUGUAUUUGAUUCAUUGCAGGGGUUGGUCAUUGUCAUGGUUCACUGCAUUCUCCGAAGGGAGGUAAGAAACCACUUCCUGAUGUUGUCUUCCAAAUCUUCUAUUUCUAUGAAAUUUUACAACAACCCAGAAUGCUUCCUGAGCCGUGGUGGCGCAGUGACAGAUUUUGAAAAAGAUGUGGAUAUUGCUUGUCGGUCAGUUCUCCAUAAGGACAUUGGGCCAUGCCGAGCAGCUACGAUAACAGGCACCCUAUCUAGAAUCUCCCUGAAUGAUGAUGAAGAAGACAAGCCAGCCAACCCUGAAGGAAUGAACUAUUCCACAUUGCCUGGGAAUAUAAUUUCUAAAGUGAUCAUUCAGCAGUCGGGAGGCAUGCAUAUGCCCAUGAGCAUGAGUGAAUUAGCUAACCAGUGUCUUAAAAAAGACAACACUGAGCUACGGCGAACUGUCUAUUUAUGUACUGAUGACAACCUGAGAGGUGCAGACAUGGAUGUAGUCCACCCUCAGGACCGCAUGAUGGAGAGUGACUACAUUGUCAUGCCUCGAGGUUCAGUGAACACACAGGCAUCGCUGAAGGAUGACAGCAAGUUGAAUCUAGGCAUGGAGACCUUGCCUCACGAAAGGCUUUUGCACUACAAAGUUAAUCCUGAUUUUAGUAUGAACCCAAAUGUAAUGGACCAGUUCAGUAUGAGUUUAGAUCAACAUCUCCCCACCCAGGAACACAUGCAGAACUUGUCUUUUGAACCUCGUACAGCUGUAAAGAAUUUCAUAGCUUCCGAGAUGGACGAUAGCACAGGACUAGCAAGAAGCGAAACUGGAUCAACCAUAUCAAUGAGUUCUUUGGAGAGGAGAAAAUCACGUUAUUCUGACCUCGACUUUGAAAAGGUCAUGCAUACGAGGAAGAGACACAUGGAACUGUUUCAAGAAUUAAAUCAGAAAUUUCAGACACUAGACAGAUUUAGAGAUGUACCAAAAUCAGGAAGUAUGGAAAAUCCAGCGGGAAGCAGCAAGAGUCCCUGGGACAGUUUCAAAACCCCAAGCGAUUACCAACAUUAUACCACCAUCAACGUAUUAGAUUCAGAGGCAAAAGACGCUUUAGAACUAAGACCAGCAGAAUGGGAAAAGUGUCUGAACUUGCCUUUAGAUGUACAAGAAGGUGAUUUUCAAACCGAGGUUUAA